AUGGCCUCCUCCACACCAAUGGCAUCCAACCGCGCCCUCCCAAUCGUCGCCGCCGCCGCCGCCGGCCAAUACGGCAUACCGGCCAUGUGCUGCUACAACACCGAAGGUAUCCUCGCCACGGUCCGCGCAGCCGAAGCCAAGCGCUCGCCGGCCAUGAUCCUCCUCUUCCCCUGGGCGCUGCACUACGCCGACGGGCUCCUCGUGCAGCUGGCCGCCUCGGCCGCGCGCCGCGCCUCCGUCCCCAUCGCCGUGCACCUCGACCACGCGCAGACGCCCGAGAUCGUGCGGCGCGCGGCCGACCUGCCCUCGGGCGCCGGCUUCGACAGCAUCAUGAUCGACAUGUCGCACCACGAGCGGGGCGAGAACCUGCGGCUGACGCGCGAGCUCGUCGCGUACUGCAACGCGCGCGGCGUCGCGACCGAGGCGGAGCCGGGCCGCAUCGAGGGCGGCGAGGACGGCGUGGCCGACACGGCGGAGGCGGACCUCGCCGCGGUGCUGACGACGCCCGACGACGCCGACGACUUCGUCGCCACGGGCAUCGACUGGCUCGCGCCCGCGUUCGGCAACGUCCACGGCAACUACGGGCCCCGCGGCAUCCGCCUCGAGUACGACCGCCUCGAUGCGAUCAACAGGCGCGUCGGCGAUAGGGUCAAGCUCGUGCUGCACGGCGCUGACCCCUUCACGCAGGACAUCUUCCGGACGUGCAUCGGGCAUGGCGUGAGCAAGAUCAAUAUCAACAAGGUGCUCAACAACCCUUACGUGGACGCGUGGAAGGAGGGCGCGGGGAAGAAACCGUUGACGUCCAUCAUCGAAGAAGGGACGCUGGCCAUGCAGAAGGCGGUUGAGAGCUGCAUAGAUAUGCUUGGCAGCGCCGGCAAAGCAUGA